UACGGAAUGAUGAGUCAACUCCACCGUGUAAGAUACAUUGUAUUUUCUUACAUCGUAGUUAACGUAUUGGGUUAAGGUACAAGACCCUAGAAGGGUUUGAAGACGUAGUUAUGGUUCCACCAUUUGCUGCUUGAACCAAGAAAAGCUUUCCUACAGGUCAUAGGAUUAUUUAACUCCUAUCGUAGUGGAACAGAGGGAAAUGAAUGAGAUUGAUAUUUUUUUCAACUGUAGGGAACAACAUUUAUGUAAGCGCCACUAAAGACAUAUCGUUUAUGACGUCGAUAAGCACUACUUUCGAUUACACCUCUGCUGUAUCGCUCGUUAUACAAUAUAUCGAGUAUAUCCAACUAUAUCGAUAUUUGUAUGUUGUGUGCGUUGUGUGUCACAACGAAUUUACCAUUAGGGUAUACAGUUUGAUGUUUUGUUAUUUAUAACGAAUUAUUUUUAUAGAUUUUUUAUUACAAUUUUUACUGUGUUGUAAGAAAUCUCAUUCUUACAACCAGCUCUUUUGAGUUUGGAGUGUUAAUUCGAUUUUUGAUGAGAAACUAGGUUAGGUGUUUGCGCUUUGUAAACUAUGUGAACCAAUUCUUCAUUCGUCUAUCAUUUACACUCUGUAACUUCAACAGGAAUUUCUGCUUCUAACAACGCAGCAAUGGCUACCUUACUGAAGGAUGUCUCCCUUAAUGACAGUCACCCCAAAGAAUUGCUUCUUGUUAAACAUGCUGAUUAUAUAGCAUCAUAUGGAGUAAAUAAGGAUGAAUAUGAAUAUUGUAUGACUGAAUAUCUCAGAAUGUCUGGUAUCUACUGGGGUUUGACUGCUAUAGAACUUAUGGGUAAUCUUGAAAGGAUGAAUAAACAAGAAAUAUUAGAUUUUAUAAAACUUUGUCAGGAUGAAUCAGGUGGAUUGUCUGCGAGUGUGGGCCAUGAUCCUCAUUUGCUCUAUACACUCAGUGGCAUUCAGAUUCUGACUAUGUACGACGCUGUUGAUGUCAUUUCUAUUGAUAAAAUAGUGCAGUAUGUGAAGAGUUUGCAGCAACCUGAUGGUAGUUUUUGGGGUGAUAAAUGGGGUGAAGUUGAUACACGCUUCUCAUUUUGUGCUGUAGCCUGCCUUUCUCUUCUUGGAAGAUUAGAUGCAAUUGAUGUAGAAAAGGCUGUAGAGUUCGUCCUCUCAUGCAUGAAUUUUGAUGGAGGAUUUGGAUCUCGGCCAGGUGCUGAAAGUCAUGCUGGACUUAUCUACUGCUGUGUUGGCAUGUUAUCAAUUACAGGAUAUCUUCAUAAAGUUGACGCCGAUUUGUUGGGCUGGUGGCUUUGUGAGCGGCAGUUGCCUUCUGGGGGGCUGAAUGGUCGCCCAGAGAAGCUACCGGAUGUUUGUUACUCAUGGUGGGUGCUGGCUUCAUUGAGUAUGUUGGGACGACUGCAUUGGAUCCAAAGAGAUGCCCUCAUUCGAUUUGUGCUUGCCUGUCAAGACACUGAGACAGGAGGAUUUAGUGAUCGUCCUGGAGAUAUGCCAGAUCCAUUCCACACUUUAUUUGGGUUAGCUGCGCUGUCACUCCUAGGAGUGACAAGUGUUAAGACCAUUAAUCCUACAUACUGCAUGCCCCAAUAUGUUAUAGACAGAUUGAAACUGAAACCACAAAAGCUUUCUGUAUGAAACGCUUGUCAUGAUUUUUUCUGUUAAUUUGGAUGUCCAGAUGUUUAUUUACCUUACCUUGCAGUCUGUGAAUCAUGUGAAGAGACUGUGGAAUCAUAAUGAGAAGGGUUGUUAGUUUUAAAAUGUUACAUGAGCUUUGAGGGGGAGAAGAGAAUAGAGUUUGGAAAAAUCCAAAUAAUUUCUGAAGUUGUAAAUUCCAUAAAUACAACAAAUUAGUGGGUUAAUUGGAACUUAUUAGUCACACAAAAUAAAUCUGAUCAUAUUUCACAAUAGCGAGAGGAUAAUUCUUAAACAUCAUUCUAGGAAAGGUAUUUACUUUUCUAAAGAGUUGAGAGACUCAUUAUUGCAAGACUAAUCGUGAAAUGUUAUGCAAAGUGUUUUGUAAGAGAGCAUAGGCUUCUGUGGCUGAAGUCAUUAGCUACUUGGCUGUCUGGGAGACGCCCUGUGCCUUAGACACAAAUUGCCCUGAGGGAGGUCGCACAAUGGUCAAGGAUGCAUUUCACCCCAACGAAGGACGCAGAAUGGUAGCCGAAACUUUGGCACCUAUGCCUAGGUUGCUGCAUCUCCCAAACAGCUAAGUAACUACAGCUAAAGUGUUAAGUGGUCGUAUUGAGAAGAAAAACAAAUUUUGAACUCAAAAAAGUUAAAAAUACUGAAUAAUGGUUGAAAGUUCAGUGGUUGUAGCAUAAUUUCCAAAAUUAAAAAAGGGUUGCUUUUGCAGUCUCUAUCACCCCUCUUUCACAGCCCCUGGUCUGCGUUACUUUUCUUUAAACAAUGAAGUGUUUGUUUUUUAUUUUUCAUGAAAUAGGUUUGCAAGGAAAAAAGACUUGUUUAAUUUUAUUGUGUAAAUAUGAUUUGAAACCGACAAGAAUUUGGCGGUUGUCAAUUUGUGAUUAUGGAACGUAUUAGAGAGAAGUAUUUGAUUGCACUUCAGUUAAGUUUGCAAAUUUACUUGCACCAAAGAACUUCACUUCUGUUAAGUGUUCAAGUAUAACCUUAGUUACAAUUUUUCUUAAAUGGAAUUUAGUUGGAAAACAAAGAUUUGCUUAACCAAAAUGAAGAACAAAUUUGUAUCUGGAUCUUGUAGAGAUCCAAAGGAACCAUAUGAAAACAUUAAGUGUUGUUAAAUUUCAGGUAACAGCAAAUUCACAUCUGAGAAGUUUUCAAACAGUUUAUUUUGAAAUUUCAUAGAUACAUUCUUUUGUGUUUAUUUGUACAUUCAUUUUAUCUGUAGAUUAUGUGUACAUUCAUUUUAUGUUAUAGUUAUCGAAAAUUAAGCCCAAAACUUUAAUGAGUGUAAACAAUGUAAUAUUUUGAAAAUAAUCCAAUCAUACUACAUUCACCUGUUAUUUUAAAAUGCUCAGGUGUGUGGAAAUUGAUUUGACAGCUUAUAGAAUAUGUGCUAUUUCAUAUGGGAGCAAGUUAUGGUGCAUAUUCAUCUUAUAAAAUACCUGUUUCAAUUUGUUAAUUAAUUUUAAAAUGUGAUUCCAAAAGAUAUAUGUACAUAAAGAUAAAAAUGUAUGGAAGUAAAGUUUUCACAAUAUUUAUUUUAAAAAUGCUUGGACGUGUUUCUUUUGUAUUAAUUACCUUCAUAAUUUUUGAGGAAUUAUUUUUUUUUAAUACAAUAAACAUGUAUUUUUAUAGCUAAAUCAGUGACUUAUAAAGAUGAAUAUUUGAGGAUUACAUGAAAAAGAUAGUAGGCUUUGGAAGGCUUGUUUAUAGGUACAUCAAGUGUAGUAGCUUUUUUUGAAAGGCUUGUUUAUAGAUAUGUCAAGAGUCUGCAAUUGAUACAUGAAACCUGCUGGAAUAACUGAAGUUUCAAUUUUCAUUUUGGUUAAUGUUUGUUUGAUGAAAUCAGUCAAAUACGCACGAAAUAGAUCCCAAAUUAGCAAACCUGUUUUUGUAAGAUCUCUAGGCCUUUUUUCCACACUUUAUUAAACCAUAUUUUCAAACCUUCUUCAUCCACCCAGUCUUUGCGGUGCACAAGAACAUGAAAAUGGAACCACUUUUGUACCCUCUGAACAAGAGGCCAGAG